UAUUGGUGCUGUCAUAUUUUAGUUUCUGCUGUGAAAUUUUACCAAUGAAAUUCUCAUUCAAAUCAUGUUAAUAUUUUAAGUAAUAAAUUUACACAAUCCUACAAUUUCAUUGACUAAAAUGAUGAUUUACUCUCAUAAUUGCAUUUACAUGCAUUAAGGACUUUCCUUGCAUCUUAAAUUCCAAAUAGGCUGUAUAUAUGUUCAGACUCUCUACCUAUAAAUUAUAGACAUAUAUACCUGCACUUCUCUUUUCCUUGUUAAUCAUUUUAAGAUAAGAUGAACACUUCAUCUCAAUUUCUCUUCCUUUCACUCAUUAUAAUUUGGUUCAUAUCUCUUACAGCUAUUAUUGGAGCUAAUACUAUUCACCCCGACGAAAAGAAAGUUCUUGAAGUUAUAGCUAAAUCACUUGGUAAGAAAGAUUGGAACUUCGACACUGAUCCAUGCAGCAACAAACCUAACUGGGCUACACCUACGCCUCCAGGUCACAGAUUGCAACUCGUAGUGAACAAUGUCACCUGCAACUGCAGUGUUGCUGGUGACAACUUCUGCCAUGUUGUUUCAAUAACUUUGAAAGGGCAAAAUCUUCCCGGCACUCUCCCACCAGAACUGACCAGGUUGCAAUACCUUCAAUUUAUCGACCUCUCUCGCAAUUUCUUGAACGGUACGAUUCCUAAAGAAUGGGGCUCCAUGAUGAAUAUUCGUAACAUUAGUCUCCCCAGCAACCGAUUAACGGGUUCAAUACCAGUGGAGAUCGCAAAUAUAUCUACUCUGAUACAAUUGGAUUUAACGGCCAAUCAAAUGUCGGAAAAUAUUCCUCAUGAGCUUGGGAAUCUAAGCCAGAUACGAACACUGAAACUUUCCUCUAACAAUUUUACCGGAGAACUACCUGCGACAUUGGCAAAGCUCACCACAUUGCAAGAUUUCCAAAUUUCGGACAACCAGCUCUCUGGAAAGAUACCUGAUUUUAUUCAGAAUUGGACAAAUAUCAAUACAUUAAUCAUUCAAGGGAGUGGAUUAAGCGGGCCAAUUCCUUCCGAAAUUUCACUUUUGAGUAACUUAACUGACUUGAGAAUUAGUGAUUUGAAUGGAUUAGAAUAUGCCCCUUUGCCGCAACUUGAUAAUAUGCCUUCGUUAAAAAAUUUGAUUCUGAGGAACUGCAACAUCAACGGGAAACUGAAUGAUUAUCUUGCGAAUAUAACAACAUUAAAACACUUAGACCUCAGCUUUAACAACUUAAGUGGAACGAUUCCGAGUACCUAUGCUGAAGUGAGCGGUGCUAAAUUCAUAUUUUUAACUGGAAACCUUCUCACUGGAUCGGUGCCUGCUUGGAAAAAGAACAUCGACGUAGAUAUUUCAUACAAUAACUUAAGCAACAGCCAAGGGAGUCAGAUAUGUCAAAGUGAUAAACUGAACUUGUUUUCUCCUUCAUUGGCACACAAUGACAUAGGAACAGUUUCAUGUUUGAGCGGUUGCCCCAAACCCUUGUACUCCCUUUUUAUAAAUUGUGGUGGAAAGCAAGCAAUAGUCAACAAAAAAAGUUAUGAUGAUGAUUCAGAUUCAUCUGGAGCAGCUAAAUUCCAUGUCAGUCCAACAGGAAAUUGGGCAUUUAGUACAACUGGUAUAUUCAUUGAUGGUGAUCAACUUGGAGAAACUUAUUCCCCACCAAAUUUAAAUACACUUACUAUGGCGGACACUGAAUUGUACAUGGAUGCACGUGUUUCUCCUAUUUCGUUGACUUAUUACGGGUUUUGCCUGGCAAAUGGAAGCUACACUGUAAAUCUACAUUUUGCUGAAAUAAUGUUCACCGAAGAUCAAACUUAUGGUAGUCUUGGAAGACGUCUAUUUGAUAUCUACCUUCAGGGAAAUCUGGUGCAAAAGGACUUCAAUAUUGCAAAUGAAGCAGGAGGAGUUGGUAAGAAAGUCGUAAAGCUAUUCAAAGAUGUCAUUGUUACUAGUAAUACCUUGGAGAUCCGCCUGUAUUGGGCUGGAAAAGGGACACAGUCUCUCCCAAAUAGAUCAGUAUAUGGUCCUCUUAUAUCCGCUAUAUCAGUGGAAUCUGACCAUCCACCUGGAACCAUAUCUGCAGGAGCUGUGGCUGGAAUUGUGGUUGCAGCCACAAUUGCUAUAAUUCUAGUAUUUGUUAUACUUUGGUGGAAAGGAUGUUUCGGAAAGAAAAACUCAUUAGCAAGAGAACUAAAUAGUUUAGAUGUACAGACGGGUAUAUUUACCUUACGACAAAUCAAAGCAGCGACAAAUAACUUUGAUAUUUCCAAUAAGAUUGGGGAAGGAGGAUUCGGUCCUGUGUACAAGGGAAGUUUACCAAAUGGGACAUUGAUAGCAGUGAAGCAACUUUCUUCUAAAUCAAAGCAAGGGAAUCGUGAGUUUUUAAACGAGAUAGGCAUGAUUUCUGCUUUGCAACACCCUUAUCUUGUUAGACUCCACGGUUGUUGUGUGGAGGGAGAUCAGUUGUUGCUGGUAUACGAAUACUUGGAAAACAAUAGUCUUGCUCGUGCUUUAUUUGGUCCAGAGGAACACCAAAUAAAAUUAGAUUGGUCAACAAGGAAGAAGAUCUGUGUUGGUAUCGCUAGAGGUUUGGCAUACCUGCAUGAAGAAUCAAGACUGAAGGUUGUUCACAGGGACAUCAAGGCUACCAAUGUGUUGCUUGAUGCGAAUCUCGACCCAAAGAUAUCUGAUUUUGGUUUGGCCAAGCUUGAUGAGGAGGAGAAUACUCACAUUAGCACAAGAAUUGCUGGGACAUAUGGAUAUAUGGCUCCUGAAUAUGCAAUGCAUGGUUAUUUGACGGAUAAAGCAGAUGUUUAUAGUUUUGGAAUUGUUGCUUUGGAAAUCGUUAGUGGAAAGAGCAACACCAUGUAUCGGUCAAAGGAGGAAGCAUUCUAUCUUCUUGAUUGGGCACAUUUGUUGAAAGAGAGAGGUGACCUAAUGGAACUAGUUGAUAGAAGAUUAGGUUUAGAUUUCAACAAAAAGGAAGCUAUGGUGAUGAUCAAUGUUGCUCUCCUAUGCACCAACCUCACUUCAAACCUUAGGCCAUCGAUGUCGUCCGUGGUAAGUAUGCUUGAAGGAAAUACCGUGGUUCCAGAAUUUGUUUCAGAUUCAAGUGAAGUAAUGGAUGAGAAAAAGUUGGAAGCAAUGAGACAGUAUUACUAUCAGAUUGAAGAAAAUAAGACAAGUAAAUCACAAACACAAACUCAAAGUUUAUUAACUGAUGGGCCAUGGACUGCUUCAUCUUCAUCAGCUGCGGACCUUUAUCCUGUCCGCCUUGAUUCUUCUUAUUGGGAGAAAAGAAAUUAAGAUUGUUUGUUGAAAAAUAAUUGCAUCUGCUGCUUGAAGUCCUCCCAUUAUCAUGUGAAGAAACCAUGAUAUCUUAAACUCAGUUUUGAAUUCUAUUACACUGUUCUUUGUAAAAGAAAAUGGUGUGUUGUUGAGAAUUUAGCUUAAACUCAGUUUAACAAAAACACCAUGAUAUCUUAAACUCAGUUUUGAAUUCUAUUACACUGUUCUUUGUAAAAGAAAAUGGUGUUUUUGUUGAGAA